AUGGAAUACAACGACACGCCGCUUCUGCCGCCUCCCUUCACUUUGCUGUCAUACAUCGGGCGACUUUUCUGCUUUUGCAGGAAAAAGCCUUUGAAAGCAGAAAAGGAACGUGACGACGUGAUUAUCAACUGGUUAUGCUUGAAUGCGGAAGAAUUACGCGAGUUACAUGAUUUUGAGGAAGAUUGCAUGGACGAACUUACGAGGAAGAGAUUACGUAACGAAAAAGGAGAUACAGAUGCAAGCUGGCUGAAUGCGAUGGAAUUGACAGAGCUCACUUCACAAAGAGUAAACGAACUGCUGCAAGAAAACUACUCGUUGAAAAGCCGGCUGUGUGACAUGGAGACUAGGUUGGACAUCAUAGCCAAAUCCCAAAGAGAUUUGAUGGAUGCAAUUUUGCGAAAGCGAAAGGUAUGAAA